AUGGAUAACAUCAGAAAUUUGUUAAGGAAUUGGUACACAAUACCAAAGGGAAUCUUGAGGCUGUGUUUUAUUUUAUUAAAUAAUGUGUACUGUAUUCCUACGUACGUUAUAUGGAUGUUUCUCUUGUCGCCCCUUAGAAAAGUUAACCCUGACAUUUACUGGAGGAUAGAGGGGUAUUUUUUCCACUGGUUACUGGCCAUGGUAUCCCUGUGGAGCUACUCGGCAGGCUAUGAUAUUGUGGAGGUAGGGGAUGAUAUAACGGAGUGUCUGGACGACCGUACCUUAAUAAUAGCCAAUCACCAGUCGACGGCAGAUGUGCCUUUACUAUUCGCUUGUUUCAACCCGAAAAAGCAAGUUUUACCAAAUAUCAUGUGGAUCAUGGAUAGUUUAUUUAAGUACACGAAUUUCGGAGUAGUCAGCGUAUUGCAUAAGGAUUUUUUUAUCAUGUCGGGCAAAGACAAAAGGGAUAAGUCCCUUCAAGCACUGGCACAGCAUAUACUAGACGCGUAUCUGCCGCUAGGCAGGAAGUGGUUGGUGUUGUUCCCUGAAGGUGGCUUUCUGAGGAAGAGGAAAGCUAUAUCCCACAGGUAUGCCGAGAAGAUGAACUUGCCCAAAUUCGAGAACGUAUCGUUACCUAGAGUAGGAGCGAUGCAAAUCAUAAUGAACAUGCUCGGACCUAAGUCAGCGCUAAACAAUAACUGUAAUUCCGUUAACAAUCAGGUAGCAGUAUGUACGAAAAUUCAGUGGGUACUGGACAUUACAAUCGCUUACCCGAACGGAUGGCCCAUAGAUCUAAGUCACAUAGUGUUCGGCCACCGCGAUCCUUGCCAAACGGUCAUCUUUUAUCGGUUGUAUUCUUUCAGUGAAGUUCCCGACGAUUCGGACACCAUGACCAAGUGGCUCAUCAAACGUUGGGAAGAGAAAGAGAAGAUGCUCGAGCAUUUUUAUAAGACCGGUGAGUUUUCUAGUGAAUUUUGCCAUAACGAGAUGUGCCCCCCGAAAGUCGUACUGCAGGACUAUUUGAGGUUUCUGAUCUUACACGUGUUUUUUAUCGCUUCGACUUACAUACACAUUCAAAUGUUUGCAGCUGUAUACAAUUACUACAAUUACUUAGUUUAUUAGCGUUGUGUUAUCGCAUAUUUGGUCUGUUUGGUGAGGUACUAUCUGUAGCUCCAGCGUAGUGGAGUUCGACUGAAGCUGCUCAAAAAUUUAUAGCAACUUUGCCUUUGGGUCCUAUUUUGGAACCUAACCUCAUCUAAUCUAAACCAAACAUAACCUACUCAAACCUAACCUCUAAAAGUUAUACAGACUAGAUAGAACAAAUUAAUUCUUUCGAAAUUUCUUACAGCUGUUUAACUGUAAACCUUAAAGUGUGAUAAAAUUUAUUUAUAAAAUACAGAUUCGACAUCACCUAACCUCGACGUUGCUUAUAAAUUUUCGAGUAGAUUGUAAACAUACGAACGUUACUUUUCUUAAAUAGUGCGAAUUUAAAACGUAAACUGUAUUAAUUUAUUUCUUAUAUCAAGUAGACCACAGUCUUAUUUUUUAAGUACAGCUUCUUCACUAGUAUAAAUAGUACCGUAAUUUUAAGGCGACGUUUUUGAAAAGUAACAACGGAUUCGUCGGAGAAAGAUCCUCACCGGACAAUCAGAAAUGCGAAAGUCUUGUCCAGCUAUUUUUUUUUUAAAAAUAAUUAUUCCUGACAAUUGCAAUCACGUUUCGCGUUGUUCAUCAAAGCGUAGUAAAACCAAACUCAAAGUGGCUGUUAAAAAAAUAAUAAUAUGGAUCAAUGUAGGUUUAGUUUGGAAUACGUCAGUGUUGUUCAUAAUUUUCGUUGGUUUUAUUAAAGGUGAAGUAAAUAAAUAGUCGUUGUUAUAUCAGGUAUUACGUUUUAAUGUAUAGUCAAUUUUGAACCGUUUUGUAUCCCUGUGUUUGUGAAGUUGCUGGCUGAUUUUAUCUAAAGAAGUGAACAGACCUUAAAGUUUUAAAAUUAUCAAAUGGAAAUAGUUUUGUUUCAACGAAAAUACAGCAGAUUCCUGGAUUUUAUCCGUGAAAAUAUAGGAGGAAGCCAUAGAAAAGUGAAAAUUAUGACAUUUUGCCAUACAAAUUUUUUUCGAAACUUGAAAUUUUUGAGAUACGGGAACUUUAAAAAAAUAUGUAUAUUUAUAAAUAUCUUCAGAACAAAUGAAGGUAUAGAAUAUGCGAUAAAAUGACAUUCAAUAUUAAUAAUUUAAGUCUCAAGUCUAGUGGUAUAAAAUUGUAGCAUUGCUACUGAAAAAAAAAAAAAAAAAUUGAAAAAAAAAUUGUCAAUUGAAAUGC